GGUAUUCCAGAUUUACCAUUGUCAGUCAGACUCGUUGUGAGAAGACGCAUAUUGUUUUCGUGGAACCAAUCUUUAUCAGUUAAUUAUUUACUAUUCACUUUUGCAGGUUGACCACAGUGACAAUGUCGAAUUUCGAGCAAGAACAUAACGAGAUCUGUCAAUACGACUAUGUGCGGCUUGCCCUCUGUGAUCUGAAUGGCAUGAGUCGUGGUCAAGUGAUAGCUGGUCGCUAUGCCGCCGAAUACAUGGACGCGGGGUUGGAUAUGUGCCAAGACACGUUGUUACUUGGUCCUAGAACAGAAGUAGUUCCAGUAUUUCAUGAGAAGAACUAUAAUGUUGGCAAUAUGUUGAUCUUUCCUGACCCUGACACACUGAGGUCCAUUCCCUGGGCUCCGGACGGAGUGAAGGUUGCUGAAGUCUUGUGUGAGUCUCGAUGGAAGAAAGACAACUCUCCACAAGAAGCGUGUCCUCGGUAUGCUGCAAGACAGCAGCUUCAGAGGUUGGGUGAUCUUGGAUUUGAUUUGUAUUCCGGCCAUGAGAUUGAAUUCAAACUCCUUGACAAUAACACCAUGGAGCCAGUGUUUGCAGGAAGAGAUGUGUACAGUAACAGGGUAUUUAACAAACAUAGCAAAUUGUUAUUCCACUUUGAUAGGCAUUUUCAAGAAUCCAAGAUAGAUGUUGAAAGGUAUUAUGUUGAAAUUGGACCUGGGCUUUUUGAAGCUGUGACAAAACCCAAAUAUGGAAUCGAGAGCCCGGAUAUGGCUUUUAAUCUGAAGGAAGGUCUCUUGGAAAUGGCAGAUUUGGAGGGUUUUAAAAUCACCUUCAUGUCCCAACAUUCCUAUGAUCAGAUGGGGCUCUCCACACAUUUCAAUUUUUCGCUAUGGAAUAGAUGUGGUGAAAGCAUAUUUUAUGACGAAUGUUCUCCAGACAAACUGUCUACAGUUGCAAAACAAUGGAUUGCUGGUAUCCUGAAGCACAGUAAAGCUCUCUGUGCCUUUGCAAACCCUACUGUCAACUGCUAUAGGAACCUGGGUAAAUCUAUUUAUCCAUCACCUAUCUAUUGGGGAAUAGAGGACCGAUAUGCAUGCAUUCGCGCAAAAAACGAUGGACCUUCAAGAACAUACCUUGAGAACAGACUACCUGGCGGAAAGAGCAAUUUGUAUCUCGUAGUGGCGUCUACCAUUGCUGCUGGACUGGACGGCGUAAUUAAAAAGAUGGAGUGCCCACCUCCUGGCAAAACAGAGGACGUCGAAUAUCUCCCGCGUUCCCUGGCAGAAGCUCUGGAUGAGCUGGAAAAGGAUGAGGAUCUAUGUAAUGCCUUAGGGAAGGAACUGGUGACAUGGUUUGUCAAGUGCAAGAGAGAUAUGGAGGUCGCUAAGUACAAAUUGGUUGAGACAGACGAGCAACGCUUUGCUAUGGAAACAGUGGCGUAUUUCUAAUAUGACAACAUGUUGGGCUUGUCAACAAUGUAUGAUCGUUCAGCACUUCAGCACAGGUAUUAACAAUUUCAACGAAUUUGUUAGUCAGUCCAAGAAUAUAUGGCAUCAUUAAUAACUAUGACAGGAUUUUGCAUUUGGCUUGAGCCUAUUUCUGCCUAGUUAGUUUCUGAAUUAGAAAACCAUUUAACUUACGUAUGGAUACAACUGACAUCAACAUCCUCUUUCUUUUGACCUUUGUACCUAUAAACACCAUUUUAGACAAGAACCAUAUUUUACUUUGCUUUAAUUACUUUCUAACAGAAUUGUAUUUUCAUCAAAUCCUUAUGUUUACAUUGCACAUAAAUAGAUUCUCUAGUUCGACGCACCUCUUUUUCUUUGUCUUCUCUCUUAAGUGAUA